AUGUGCGGUGUCAUUGGUUUGAUCUUGGGCCAUGUCGGGGAUGACCCUGAGCAUCCCUGCAAAGCUGCCGUCGCACUCCAUGAGGCUCUGUACUUCCUCCAACACAGAGGACAAGAUGCUUGUGGUGUUGCAACUUGCGCCGCCGGAGGUCGCAUAUAUCAGUGCAAAGGCAAUGGAAUGGCCGCUAAAGUGUUCGCUGAUGGCAUGAGAAUUCAAGACCUACCCGGCUCAAUGGGUAUUGGACACUUACGUUACCCGACUGCUGGCACAUCAUCGAAUGCUGAAUUAUACGUUAACAGUCCCUAUGGAAUAUGUCUUGCCCACAAUGGCAAUCUUAUCAACGCCCCUGAGCUGCGUCAAUAUCUUGACACUGUUGCCCACAGACAUAUCAAUACGGACAGUGAUAGUGAACUCAUGCUCAAUGUGUUUGCGAAUGAGUUGAAUGAGACCGGCAAGGCCAGAGUCAAUACGGACGAUAUAUUCAAUUCUUUAGAACGAAUGUACGAUCGGUGUUCGGGCGGUUGGGCUUGCACCGCAAUGAUCGCUGGUUUUGGAGUUUUAGGCUUCAGAGAUUCUUACGGCAUUAGGCCGUUAGUACUUGGCGAGAGAGAUUCGGAUACUCUCCCCGGCGCAAAAGACUAUAUGCUUGCCUCCGAGUCCAUUGCCUUGCGACAACUCGGCUUUCGCAACAUUCGGGACAUCUUACCUGGCCAAGCUGUGUUCAUUCAAAAAGGUCGAUCGCCUGUCUUUCACCAAGUUCAACCCCCGAAAACGUAUUCACCCGACAUAUUUGAAUACGUUUACUUUGCAAGACCCGACACUGUCAUGGACGGGAUCAGUGUACACGCUUCUCGGCAGAGAAUGGGCUACAAACUAGCUGAUAAGAUAAGAGAGCUUCUUGGGGAUGAAGGCAUCAAGGAUAUUGAUGCUGUUAUACCCAUUCCUGAGACCUCAAAUACAUCAGCUGCGAGCGUCUCCGAACGAUUAGGGUUGAAGUUCUGCCAGGGUUUCGUCAAGAACAGAUAUGUGUUCAGAACAUUCAUUAUGCCUCAGCAAGGAGCUCGUCAAAAGGGUGUUAGGCGAAAGCUUAGUGCCAUUCAGACUGAAUUCGAAGGAAGAUGUGUCUUGCUUGUUGAUGACUCUAUCGUGAGAGGUACUACAAGUAAGGAAAUAGUGGCUAUGGCACGUGAGGCUGGCGCGCGAAAAGUCAUUUUCGCGAGCUGCGCCCCCCCUAUCACAGCACCACACAUCUACGGUAUUGAUUUAGCCAGUCCGACAGAACUGAUCGCUUCGGGCAAAGACCGCUUUGCUAUCGCCAAGAGCAUCGAUGCAGAGGAAGUGAUUUACCAAGAUCUCGACGACCUAAAGGCAGCAUGCGCAGAGCUCGCGCCUCCGAAUGGCCCCACGGAAUUUGAGGUUGGCGUAUUUUGUGGCAAAUAUGUCACACCCGUGCCCGAAGGGUACUUCGAACAUCUGAAUGAAUUGCGCGGCAUGAAGCGGAAACAUGCGACGCAUGCACCGAUUGCCAGUAGCGGCGCAACGAUGGUUGUCGGUGGCAGCCAGACGGGCACUAACGGCUCGACAUCGCAUCUCACUGCACCUGGAGAGGAGCAUCCCUCACCAGAGAUCAAGAGAAAUGGGGCCAUUUCCCCUAUCAGGGAUGACAUCAGCCUUCACAAUAUGGCUAGUGAACCCGAACGACGUUAA